UCUCUUUCAUUGUAUAUUAGUUUCGCGGAGCAGUCAGACGUGUCUUCUUUCUGUGCGGUUGAAUAAAAAUACUUUAUUAAGUCACCUUUACAGUUACGUUGUAUGUGAUCGUCGUGAUUUUACAAUCAUUGAUUUCGGUUCUAUAUAAGUAUGAAAUUCAAAUUAGUCAAUUGCAAAAAAUAUAAAGAAAUUCAAUUCAAAGAAAUACUCAAUUUUGAAAAAGUCUAAAAUAAUAUAAAAUAAUUAAACUAAGAAUGAUAAAAAAAAUUCAUUAAUAACCAAGUAUUAUUCAAAUGUGUGCGUGUUAAGUGGACAAAUAUUGAAAGUGUAUACAUCCACACGUGAUGAUCGAAUACUGUUUAAAUGUAGAAGUCAAUUGUACAAUUAUACAUAAGUAUCGAGAAUAUAUUAAUAAAAAGAAAAGAAAAUAUUUAUGUGCGACGAAAUUUAUAUACCCAAAAAACUUAAUUGAUAAAUAUCUAUUUAUAUAAAUGAUAUGUCUUAAGCUAUUCUCUAAAUUUCAACUUCUUCGAUUUAUGAAUCAUCCAUGUCUUGUGUAAUUCGAUACAUAAAAAAAAAGCUUGUUAAUUGAAGUGAUACAAGGAAAAAUACGUAAAAGUGUUGAUAUAAAAAUAUAACUAUUUAAAUUCAUUGCGAAACCACUACAGUCAUAUAGAUAAGAAUGAUAUGCAGAAUUCAUUUUUUUUUGAAAUACAAUAGUAUAUCAUUGUUGAUUGAUGAUUUAAAUGAAUGAAAAGAACUUUUCAUUAAAAGAUCAUAACAUUUUUGGAGAAAAAAGAAAUAUUGUUGAUUCGAGAAAUUUCAAUUUGACCGGAUGACGGGUGUGACAAUAUUUUUUUUUAUCUUUUGUUAUAUAUAAUUCUGAAAAAUAAUGAGUUGAUAAGAAACGUAGGAAAUGCAAAAUCAAGUGCUGAAUCCUAUUUUAAGCGUUUGUUUGAAAUUAAAUUUGUCAUCUUUUAAAAUGUCAAAUUUUUUAAAAAUAUUCAAUAUGAUGUGUUGGUUGAUUUUUACAAAUAACAUCGUUUAUCAUAUUGUCGCAUAAAAAUAUACAUGAUAAUAAUUCCGAAUUGAAAAUGUUUUAAUUAUUAUGAACAUAUGUUUGUUGACAUUCCAUAGCUCAUGUUUUAAUACAUAGUACAAAAUGAAAUGAAAUAUUUAAUCUCUUCCUCUUUGAAUUAGUUUGAGCGAACCUUUUAUCAUUACUUUAAAAAACUUGUUUUAAUGCAUAAUACUGAUAUGUAUGAGAACAUAAUUUAAAUAAUCUAAAAAACUUAUUGAAGUUGAUUCCUCAAAAAUACAAUUAAGUAAUGUUGUAUUCGCAUUACAUGUUAAAAUUUUAUUUAAUGUUUGCUUUAACAUUCAUAAGAUAAGAUAAAACCGAUUUAUUUGGUAAAAUUCUCAGCGAAUAAAAAAUGCAACUGUAUUGAUAAUGAUUAGCUUGAAGUGUGAUUUUUUUUUGUUUUGUUGUUUCCUUAAGAAAUUGUCUUAUAACUGAUAAUUGACUUAUUAGAUGGGUUUGCUGAUAAGCGUGUAUUUUAAUAGACAACUGAUACUCUAUUCGAAUCUUUUAUCAUGAAAAAAAGAAAAAGGAGCAAUCAAUAAAAAAUUAAUGAUUUUUAAGGCUUAAAACGAAAUAAGAAAUGCUUAAUAUGAAGAAACAUUAGUGACGUCAUUUUGAAUCACGCAAAUGUUAGCGUAAAUUCGAAGAAAUGUGAAUGAGUUAAUAGUGUAAUGUUUACCUAUUAAAAAUCUUUCGUGACUUCUUUUAUGAUGCGAAAAUUAUUACUAUAAAGUUAAUUUACACAUGCGAUUUGAAGUAUGUACUAUUUCCCUGCUCCUAAAUUAACAUAAUCAAUACUUUUAUAAGAAUGCCUGCAAAUUUGUCGGUAAAAAUUUUAGUAAAUAAAUUUUUCUCCAUAAAUGAGACCACUGAGGAUAAAUGAAUGCGUGAAAUAUAAAAUAGCAAAGCUAAAUAUUUAGAGAUUGAUGGCUCCUCCUCGAUUAAACUAAAGCAUAUAUCACGUGUUGCGUUUAAGGGAUUUAAUACGGUAUGAAAAACAUUUGACAAUUCUUAUCAGAUUUUGAAUGAAACAUAUGCUAUUGUUUAGUCCAUGAAACACAAAGCCAAAAAUCAAUUAAUACGCAAGCGAAUUGAAUUUUUUUGAGAGAAUUAAGGCGAAGCUAAAGAACUAAGAACAGCGUGAGGUCAAUGAUGAGAAUCAAUUUAAUUAAUUAAUAAGUUUGACUUCUAUGCUCGUAUUAAGUUGUGAAUUCAUGAUUUGAUGUCAUAAACUUUUUUUUGUUUAUGUGUCUUUUAAUUAUUUUAAUGACUUUGUGUGCAUCAUGUUAAUUGACUAACAUAUUUUUCUUUUUUGUGAGGAAAUAUAUAAGAAAAAUCUGAAUAAUUUUAAACUUAAAUUUUUGAACAAUUCCUUGAAAGCGUGAAAUAUCAAUUUUAGUAGAAAAAUAAGUGAAUAUAUGCACAAUAUGGAAACGGAACACUUUUUUUUUAUUUUACCUUAGUGGUAACGUGAAGUUUUUUAAUAAAAAAAAUUAAACAACACUCAACAUGAGAUCAGACUUUCAUAGAAAAUAAUAUGAAAUAAAUUGAAUAAAGUUUUUAUUGGCAGCGUGUUGUAUAAACAAUAUGAUGAUUAAGAACGAGAGUAUUUCGUGCUAGAACGUAUUUAUUUAAAAUCAUUAAAUACCGACCGAAUCACCGCACUUUUUCUAUUUAUUCAUGUUUAGGAAAAAUUUCAUCCGGAAAAUUCACCAGAUCCACUUAAAAAUGUGUUUGCUCAAGUGUGAAUCACCGCAUUAUUUGUGAGAGAGCGAGAAUAUAUGUUUGAGAGGAACUUGUGCUCUCAAAAUAACUCAUUGAAAAUCGAAUUGCUUUCAAAUGUAUUUAUUUGGUAUACAAAUACAAACUUAUUAUACAUGCACGAUAAAACCGAUCGUAAUAAUUGAAUAACAAUAUCAACGUAUUUGUGUUCUUAACAUGUUAAAUGAAUAAAUUUAUGUGAAUGUGAAAAUUUAAUUUGUCUGAAAAUGAGGAAAAAUAUUUCUGUGAUAGUUUCAAUUUUUCAAUUUUGGAUUUUAAUUCAAUGCAUCUCCUAUGCAGCAACUGUACAAAACCCAUUACGUGGUUAUCAUGGAGCUCCGAUUAUAGAUCCGUACGAUUCUGUUGUUAUUAGUGUAAAUGAAGGUAGAAUAAUAGAAUGUAAGGGAAAAGAACCCAUCACUUGGGUAUCUGAGAUUAUCAAAAAUUUUCCUGAUGCAGUGGAAAUAACUUUUUUCGAGGGCAACAUUAAAGAUGAUGAUUCAAUAAUAUUUACAGAAGAUCAAAAUCUCUUUCAUAGUCAUUUAGAAUUAAAAUCAGUUACUAUAAGUCAAGUUGGAUUUUACUACUGUGUUCAUAAUAGAUCAGUAAGAAUCGACAACGAUUUUGACUAUGAGAAAGAAGUUAUUGAUUAUGAAGCAUCAAGCAUUUAUGUCUUUGUCAAUGAUACUGAAAAUCCACUCUACAAUCAUAAUCAAAAUUUAAUCUUUGCAAGGCAAUAUGAACCAUUCAUUAUUCCAUGUAAACCAAAUUCUCCAGAUGUGAAAAUAGAACUAAUUAAAGAUGGUGAAGAGAUACACUACAUAGGAAAUUAUGAUCCAAAAAUUGGAUUCACCGUUUUCUUUUCACAUGUCGAAGAUAGUGGAUUUUUCGAGUGUCGUCUACAGGAUGAUCAUGAUAAUUAUAUAGAAUUCCAUGUUACAGUAAAUGAGCAACUUAUAACUACAAUCUUUCCUACUUCUACUAUCAAUUUUUCAUCGUUGAAGCUUCACAAAAGAUCCAUAAAUUCUUUAUCUGGUGACGGAAAAAGCUCUGUUCAAUAUGGAACAAAAAAUACUAAAGCACAGGCAUUAUCAAUAUAUUUGAAGAAGCCUAUUAUAAUUAGCGAUUCCCAAAAUUAUGCUAAAAAUGGCGAUAACUUUACAUUAACAUGUAAUGUUGAAAUGACUUCUGAUGCAGCAUACUUAAUUAAGUUUAACUUACCUAAUGGAAAAGAAGCACAAACAUCAGAUUACUUAACAUUAUCAGAAAUUGAACAUGAGCAUAACAACAAACGGAAAUCACAUAGAAAUUUGACCAUUCACAAGGCUUUAGAUGAAAGAGAUCAGGGGGAUUAUACAUGCAUCAUAAUAGAUUUAUUCAAUAACAGUAAUUCUGCAAUGUCAUCAAUCACAUUUGUUGACAAACCUGUCGUCCAGCUAAAUUCAUCAAAUCCUAUGAUAAAAACAAGCAAAGGAAAGAAAACGGCUAAGUUUCAUUUAAAUUAUUUUGCCUACCCUAAAGCUAGUUUUGAAUGGUAUGAUCCUCAUAAAAAUUUGAUUGCAAAAGACAACAAUAUUAUGACACGAGAAAAAUAUAAUAUAGCGAUAUCUCCCGACGACAUGACAUUCACUAUCAAAUUCCCGGGUAUUGAAGAUUAUGGUGAAUAUACACUUGUUGCUUUUACUGAUGGAGAGCGUUUUGAGAAAAAAGUCAUGCUAGUAGUUUCAGAAAAACCAACAUGUAAAAUGGAAGAUGCAUACAUCAUGCAAGGAGAAGAAAUUCAUAUGAAAUGUGAAUGCAUGGCUUAUCCAGCAGCUGAAAUCAUAUGGUCAUUUCAACCUUGCCAACAUCCCAUACUUUGGCCAAAGUGUCGAGAUGUAAAGAAUAUUAAUACUCGUAUUAUAGCCGAAAAAUAUCAGAUGCUCGAUAUUGAAUUGGAUGAACUUAACGAACAAAAUCAAAAUGAAACACAAAAUACGCAGGAUGCAGAAACAAUCCAAUCGUCAGAAAUCAGGUUUACAGCAUCACAACCUGGAACAGUAAAAUGUCGAGCUAAAAAUGAUAUUGGAGAGGAUAAAAUUGAAGCAAAAGUACAAAUAGUAGAUCUUUCUGCGCCACUUUUAAUAUCAGGCAUUGAUGAGAAUCAAAAUAUUGCUAUUGGUGAUAACGUAACAUUGGAAUGUGGAGCCAUAAUUUAUAACUAUACUGAUAAAAUUAGAUGGUUAAAGAACGAGGAACCUGUAGAAGAAAGAAACGAUCUUCAUAUAAAAGAUAGUAGUGUUCGAUUUUCAUAUAGACAAUCAUUAAGUUUUGAUGCAAUAUUGAAAGAAGAUGAAGGCGAAUAUAAAUGCGAAGUCUAUGAUAAAGAGAACAAUGAAUUGCAUAGUGUAACCACUUUUGUCAAUUUACAUGAAGCUCAACCUCCGUUAGUAGUAACAAAUUUCAAUCAAUCUAAGCUUUCACAGCCAUUAGGAGGUACUUUGACACUUGAUUGUUUUGUUAGUGGACUUCCAAUUCCUAGUCUUAGAUGGAAUAAAGAUGGAGAGCUUUUUGAGGUGAAAGAAAACGAUACAAGAAUAUCAUUGAUGAACAAUGAAAUGACACUAGUGUUCACUGUCUUGAAGCCAGAAGAUAGUGGAUAUUAUGAAUGUAUUGCUGAAAAUCGAGUUGCAAAAGAAAUAAAGGCUAUAGAACUUGAUGUUUCAACUCCAGCAGGUCAACUAAGCAAGGCGAUUAUUAUCAGUGUUUUGAGUAUUAUCGUCCUAUUAGUAUUGCUUUCAUUAUAUUUAUGCAUAAAAGUACAACGCAAAAAGAGACAAAUUGCUGAAUUGAAAGCAGCUGGUUUAGCGAAUUUUGAGGAAGGAAAUAUAGAAAGUAUUGAUCCGGAUGUAAACUUAGAUGAACAAGCUGAUCUUUUGCCAUAUGAUAAAAAUUUUGAGUUUCCACGAGAGAAAUUAAAACUUGGAAAGCAAUUAGGAGCUGGUGCAUUCGGAGUUGUCGUUAAAGCUGUCGCUCAAGGAAUCGUUCACUAUGAAGAUGAAACAACAGUUGCUGUUAAAAUGGUCAAAAAGCAAACAGAUAAUGAAGUGAUGAAAGCUUUAGUGUCAGAAUUGAAAAUAAUGAUUCAUUUGGGACAACAUCUUAAUGUUGUGAAUUUAUUAGGAGCUGUAACAAAAAAUAUUGCAAAACGUGAGCUGAUGGUUAUUGUCGAAUAUUGUCAAUUUGGUAAUCUUCAAAGCUUUCUUGUCAAACACCGUCCUUAUUUUAUUGAUCAAGUGAGAAAUGACAGAAUUGAUCCAAUGAUAAUGAAAAACGAAUUGAGAUGGUCAAAAAAUAGCAAUUAUAAUUCAUAUAACAGUGAUGGAAAUCAAUACACUCCGCAUGUUGGACAUAUGCCAAUGGGAGUUGCAAAUCCAGGAAAUCAUAUGACAUCGCAUGGCUAUGUUAGACAUUCAGGAUUUCAACAAAUCGAUAGCUGUAAUACUGAAGCAACAGUUGUAUCAGCAACAGAUGGAGAGGAAAGUGCUCUCUUAUCAAAUAACUCUGAUGCUCAGCCUCCAUGGAGAUCAAAUUAUGGGAUGGAUUACAAAGGUCCAGUUCGUUCUGUUUGUACCUCAGACCUUGUUUGUUGGUCAUUUCAAAUUGCCAGAGGAAUGGAGUAUUUAUCAUCAAGGAAAAUUCUUCAUGGAGACCUUGCUGCUAGAAAUAUUUUGCUAUGCGAUGAUAAUAUCGUGAAAAUAUGUGACUUCGGUCUUAGUAAGUCUAUGUAUAAAAACGACAACUACAAACGAAAAGGAGAAGCUCCUUUGCCAUUUAAAUGGCUCAGUUUGGAAGCCAUAUCAGACCAUGUAUUCUCAGUUUAUAGUGAUAUUUGGAGUUAUGGUGUUGUGCUAUGGGAAAUUUUUUCACUUGGAAAAAUUCCUUACACUGGGCAAGAAGCUAAUCAAGAACUUUUUUAUAAGCUUAGAGAUGGUUAUAGAAUGGAAAAGCCAAAAUAUUCUACUCAAGAUAUUUAUGACAUCAUGCUUAAUUGUUGGAAUGCAAAGCCUGAGUCAAGACCUUUAUUUAAUGAACUUGGGCGUAAAUUGAGCUCAUUUAUGAUGGACAGCGUAAAAGAUCAUUAUUUAGACUUAAAUGAGCCAUAUAUGCAGGCAAAUACAGAUAAUUACAAAAAGGGUGUUCGUGAUUAUUUAACAUCGCUUUCAAUUCCUGAAGAAGAAGCACCGAUUCCUCCAUUAGCAGAAGAAGAAAAUUUUUAUGUUAAUAAUAGUGUACCAGAUGUUAAUGCUCCAUCAACUCCUGAUUAUCUUUCGAUGAGUCCGAAGAGUGGUGUUGUGAAAUUUAACUCAAAUAAAAACGAUUAUCUUAGACCAGAUUCACCAACAAUUACAAAGAAUCUAGAUACUAGUCCUAAAAAUAAGAAAAAUUUAAAUAAAAACGCUGAGCUUCCGGAAGAAAUCCCAAUGCUUUCGCAUAAUCAAAAUGGAUUAUUAUCAGUUGAAGAUACUGAUGUUGAAGCACAAAAUAGCUAUACUGACAUGAAAUUUCCAUCUGUGAAAAAUCCUCAAGAUCCAGAGUAUAAAAACAUUUUUGCUACAAACGAAAAUUAUGUAAAUAUCCCAGCUACAAAUAAGAAUUCAUCAAUUGCUAAUCCAUCGUAUAUUACUUUUCAGUCAGUAAAGGAACGUAAUCAUUGAUGCUAACUGUUAUUUUUUCUAUUAUUUUAUUAAUUCAUUGUCAUACAAAUUAUCGAUGUUUUAACAAUUUAUAUUUAAUACUGAAUAGUAUUUAAUUAUGGUUAAAAAUAAAAUAAAUUCAAAGUAAAUAAACC